AUGCAUUUCGAAACUUUCAUAUACUACGCCACUGAUCAUCAAAGACCUGGAUACGGCUCAAAAAUGUUGGUGACUUGGGAGGAAAAAGAUGGAAUUUUCCUCCGAAAUGCUCUCUCCGACCUCUUUGUCAUUUUCUUGUAUUACUUUUGUCUCUACUCCAUGCUCGGAAGAUAUAUCGCUAUAACGAGACCAACAGUCAAUCACUUGCUGUAUGCGAAAAUUUUUAUGAUCCUUGGGUUCAUCAAGUCCUUUUGGUUCUUGUAUUUCUACAAUUUGGAUUUCGAAAUCACGAAGAAAUACUUCCCUUUCUCAAUCGCCUACUUCAUCCCUCCACAUGUCUUCAUUUUGGGACUGAUUCAAAACCGUCAGCCGCCAUCCUAUUAUCUACGUCCCAACUACUUCUCCUCUGGAUUCCUUCGUAAACUGUUUUAUUUUGGAAUAUUCAUUGCUUCCACCAUCUCGACGUACAACAAUCAGCCAGGAAAGUGUCCACAUCAAUUGAUCUCUGUGGAGUUCUGUUUGUCUAUUUACUACAUCGUCGCUUGGCUCAAAUUCUUUGUGAUGCUCAUUUUCGUGUCGAUGGUUGAAAGUGCAUGGGUCUACAAAAUGGCUAAACAUAUUGACAUUUAUUCAUAUGGAGUCAAAGUUGGAGAACUUGUUUGGGUAGACGCUGAAGGAGCACGUGUCGUACGAUUCUACGACUGA